UGAGCUCGUCAACAAACUCGCAUCAGUGAUGCCCGGGUUGGGCUCCCAGCCCCACGGCCCAAAUCUGACGCCACCUACAUCCUGCAGGGCCCGUUCGUAACCCCUGCGCCUAUCCCCACCCACUCCUCUUCCUCGCCCGCCGUAUCGUAAGCCGCCGGCCGCCGGCCGCCGAAGAUGGCGCGCCUCCUCGCCGUCCGGGGCAUCUCCUCGUCGCCGCACCUCGCGUGGAGGGUAAAACAAACAGAGAAUGAGAUUGUUCAGAUGUUCCAGCCCCCAGUUCGUCGGAGUGAGGAGGCAGUAGCAACCACUGGACCAAGGUACACGCAUUCCAUACGAGUCAUGGAUGAGAGGUUCAUUAGGAUCCUGAAGAUAUUCAAGUGGGGCCCUGAUGCUGAGAAGGCGUUGGAGGUAUUAAUGAUGAAAGUUGAUCACUGGUUGGUAAGAGAGGUUAUGAAAACCGAUGUUGGGGUCAGUGUGAAGAUGCAAUUUUUCAGAUGGGCAGCAAGGAAGAGGAAUUAUGAACACGACACAUCUACCUACAUGGCAUUGAUACGUUGUUUAGAGGUAGUAGAGCAGUAUGGUGAAAUGUGGAAAAUGAUCCAAGAAAUGGUACGUAAUCCUGUGUGUGUUGUCACGCCGAUGGAGCUAUCAGACAUCAUCCGGAUGCUGGGGAAUGCCAAGAUGAUCAGUAAGGCAGUUGCAAUCUUUUACCAAAUCAAGGCACGAAAGUGUCAACCCACUGCUCAGGCAUAUAAUAGCAUGAUAAUCAUGUUAAUGCAUGAGGGGGAGUAUGAGAAAGUGCAUGAACUUUACAAUGAGAUGAGCAACGAGGGCCAAUGCUUCCCAGACACCGUGACUUACAGUGCACUCAUUUCUGCUUUCUGCAAACUUGGUCGCCAGGAUUCAGCAAUUUGGUUGUUGAAUGAGAUGAAGGACAAUGGAAUGCAGCCAACUGCUAAGAUAUAUACCAUGCUAAUGGCUUUGCUCUUUAAAUUGGACAAUGUUCAUGGAGCAUUGAGUUUGUUUGAAGAGAUGAGGCAUCAGUACUGCCAACCAGAUGUGUUUACUUACACUGAAUUAAUUAGGGGACUUGGUAAAGCUGGGAGAUUUGAUGAAGCAUAUAACUUCUUCUAUGAAAUGCGACGAGAAGGCUGCAGGCCAGACACAGUUCUUAUGAAUAAUAUGAUAAAUUUCUUGGGCAAGGCUGGUCGUUUGGAUGAUGCUAUGAAGUUGUUUGAGGAGAUGGAGACAUUAAGGUGUAUUCCUAGCGUGGUGACCUACAACACUAUAAUAAAAGCACUUUUUGAAUCUAAAUCCCGGAUUUCUGAGAUUUCAUCAUGGUUCGAGAGAAUGAAGGAAAGUGGAAUCUCCCCUAGUCCAUUCACCUACUCAAUCUUGAUUGAUGGAUUCUGCAAAACCAACAGGACGGAGAAGGCUAUGAUGCUGCUGGAGGAGAUGGAUGAAAAGGGCUUCCCUCCAUGUCCAGCGGCAUAUUGCAGCCUGAUUGAUGCUCUUGGAAAAGCCAAACGGUAUGAUCUUGCACACGAGCUAUUUCAGGAGCUAAAAGAAAAUUGUGGCUCCUCUAGUGCUCGAGUGUAUGCGGUUAUGAUAAAACACUUAGGGAAGGCUGGACGGCUUGAUGAUGCUGUAGAUCUGUUUGAUGAGAUGAACAGACUUGGUUGCACUCCUAAUGUUUAUGCUUACAACGCCCUCAUGUCCGGAUUGGCAAGAGCAGGCAUGCUUGAUGAAGCCCUUACUACAAUGAGAAGAAUGCAAGACCAUGGGUGUAUUCCUGAUAUCAAUUCAUACAAUAUUAUCCUGAAUGCACUGGCAAAAACAGGAGGUCCUGAUCGUGCAAUGGGGAUGCUUUCUAAUAUGAAACAGUCUGCAAUAAAACCAGAUGCUGUGUCAUAUAAUACUGUUCUUGGUGCCUUGAGUCAUGCAGGCAUGUUUGAGGAGGCAGCUAAAUUGAUGAAAGAGAUGAAUGCGUUAGGAUUUGACUAUGAUCUUAUUACAUAUUCAUCUAUACUUGAGGCGAUUGGAAAAGUUGAUCAAGAAUGAACUAAACAUGUUUUUGUGCAGCUCUGCAACUCUUCGAUAUAAAAAGCUUCCUUUUGUGCCACUCAAGUGAACUGUUACUUGGUAAAAUCAUGGAGGACAGCAGUGAGUCAACCGUAGAAGAAUCACUUUUCUCCAUUAAGAUGUGAGGGCUGUUGCUGAAAAGUUGAGACCGUUUGGUGAAAAGUUAACUACUGUAUGUUGAGAGUUCUUUCUUUAGCAAUCACAAGUGGAGUGUGCAUGCUACAAUUCCUGAAGUUACGGUACGUGUUGUCGUGUUUGUGUGGGUAAACCAAAUAUUUUCAGGUGUUAUAUUACAGUCAGAAUAUAUGAAUCCAAAAUCAAAGAUAUGGUAGGCGUCCCCAUUUCUCCUCUCUGUAUACGUAGCUUUCCGAACUUCCUUUCCCUUGUUGAAAAAUAUAGCUUUUCCAGAUUUAUACGGCGAGAAAACAUUUUCUUAUUUCCCCGGUGUGUGUUGUAGUUUGGCAGCAUUUUUCACACUUUUCUCUUUCACCGGAACUCUGUGGAUUCUGACAAUACUUGCAGGCUUCCAAAUUUGGCAUAGCCGGCAAAUGUGCCUAAUCUUUCCAGCUAAUGUGUGCACAGGGGCUUACCUGUGGGCUGCCAUUGCUUCAUUGCUUAGUGUUUGAAGCCUUCCGAAACCAGCAAAGAACCGGCAAAGCAAAAAACAUGGUAGGCCAAGUCCAGAAUCGAGAUAUCGUCCAAAUGACCAACUCAGAACUAACAGCACGUGAAUGUGUCUUUGGCGUCUGUAAAAUUUAUGUCACUAUAGAAGCUUCUAUGGCGUUUGUAAGAAAUGGUGUUACCAUAAAAGCUACUGUGGUCUUUGCUCAGAUAGGGUUUCAGAUCAACAGGGUUACUGAAAAAAAUGGUGUUACUAUCCGCUUCUUGCUCAUGCGGAUUUCAUACCUGCCCAUAACAGGGCUCACAGUCAGCAAGGCUGAUGCUUUUGCUGGGCAUCUGGAACCUAUCCUUUUGGGGGUUUUCGUUUCUGCAACAGGAUGCUA